AUGAUUCACCGGCAUCUGCCUAAACGCGUGUUGCGUCAGUUCAGUUUUCAGCAGAUCAUACCACGUUCGCCUGAGAGCCUUCCGAUGUCAGAGAUUCAUACGAUUGAUCAAAAUUGGUUGAGGUAUGUAGAGCAUGCCGUUACUGGUGCUGUUGAAGCUGAGGACCCCUCUGCGUGUGUUGACGGAUACCUGGCGUGGUUUAGACGAGUGUCCCACCCGUACAUCACUCCAGCUAACGACGAUGAUCGACCCAGUCUUGCACUGCGCAUGAGGCGACACCUUCCGGAUGACAUCCCGGUGCCCCCAGUUCGUCGUAGACGAUCGCUUGAAUCUGGAUUGUUGGGCAUGUUAAGCUGUCAACACGUCACACAGAACGCUGUAGUCUAUGAGCAAACUAAUCAGACAUUACAGGUUACUCGUAGAUCUGUUGAGGAGUACGAGGCUGCUACUACUAGUAGAGGUGCUUGUCAUGUGCGCAGACGAGCAUCAUUUUCUUGA